AUGUCGUUGAGCCGUGUGGCCUCGGUGGAAACGUUCCAAUUCCUCCCCCAAGCCCAGGGAUCGAGACGAGGCAGUGAUGCCUCCAGUGUGAGGGCCGGACGGCUUACGUUCAACCCUCUCCCCGACGAUUGGUACCCUGCGGCAAGUAAACCUGAUACCGUACUUGCAGUUGGCGCCUUUGAGGUUCCGCAAUGGAAAAGAAUUCUCCAAGUCACCACCGCUGUAAUUUACUGCCUCUUUGCAGCGGGUAUCGCCUUCGGCUUUGCUGCAUUGAAGCCGGUGCUCAAACGAGAGGGUGCCUACAGCGACGUCUGUUCCACCAAGGAGUCCAACUCAACCCCCGACGACACGUGUGUUGAGAUCCAUCUCAAUCUCAUGUUUACGGUGGCGGCAGUCGGUACCAACAUUGCGGCUCUCCCUGUCGGCGCCCUGCUUGACCAUGCUGGUCCGCGCGUAUGUGGGCUUGUGGGCAGUGUCUUCCUGAUCAUCGGAUCGCUUCUGAUGGCUUAUGCCAAGACGUUGCCUUUUGACGGUUUCCUCAUUGGAUACCUGUCGCUUGCUCUGGGCGGUCCCUUCACCUACAUUUCGUCCUUCCAAUUGUCCAAUGCGUUUCCGAAGCACUCUGGCUUCAUUCUCGCCCUCAUGACGGGUGCUUUCGACGCCUCUAGCGCCUUGUUCUUGGUCUACCGCCUGAUCUUCCAAGCCUCGGCAGGUACCUUUGGCCAUGACAAGUUUUUCAAAGUGUACCUGAUCGUUCCGGUUUUCAUCAUCAUCGCCCAAUUCGUCGUGAUGCCCAAGCAGUCGUACAAGACGGUGGGAGAACUGGUCGAGCUGCAAGAGGAGACCGUGGCUGCGAAUCAAGCAGACCUGUAUCCGUACGACGACCAGGUCGAUGAGAACACGGCGCUUCUGCGUGAGGAGCGCCGGCACCGCGAGUCCGUCGUUGCCGAUGUGGAACAGCUGCUUGGCAACCAACAGGCGGACAAGCAGAUCCGUCAAGAGAACAAGAACGAAACCUCGGGGGUCUGGGGUGUCAUGCAUAACCGCUCAGCCCUGCGCCAGAUCGCCUCGCCAUGGUUCAUCCUCAUCUGCCUCUUCACCAUCAUUCAGAUGCUUCGUAUCAACUACUUUGUCGCCACCAUCCGGGCACAGUACGAGGUCAUCUUUGGCGACGUGGGCAAGGCCGUCGAGAUCAACAACUUUUUUGACGUCGCCCUGCCCGUGGGAGGCAUUCUCUCCAUUCCGUUCAUCGGCGUCCUCCUCGACCACACCAGCACCGUCACCGUCCUGACGGCGCUCGUCACCAUCGCGACCACCAUUGGCGUGCUGGGCGUCGUCAACAACAUGGGCGCGGCGUAUAUCCAGGUCUGCCUCUUUGUGCUCUAUCGCCCCUUCUACUACACCGCCGUCUCCGACUACAGCGCCAAGGUGUUUGGCUUUGAGACGUUCGGCACCGUGUACGGCACCAUCAUCUGCCUAUCAGGUCUCUUCAACUUUUUUCAGUCCGGGCUAGACGUUCUAUUCCAUCAGACUUUUGGCGGCGAUCCCGUGCCCGUCAACCUCAUGCUGCUCUCGGCUGGCUUCGCUGUUGGUGUUGUGCUGGUUGGGUACGUGGCAUUGAAGGUAAGGGGGCUGAAGCGUAAGAUGUUGGAGCAGGAGGCCGUUGCUUCUGUUCAAGUCCACAACUGA